GCUGGAGGAGGGGCCGGAUCUCGGGCUUGAGGCCUACAUCGACUGGAGAAGAGCGAAUGAUAGGAUGGGUGCUUGUAAUGCCCUCUUUAUAUAUGGGCCGCAAUCUUCGCAACCAGAUAGAGGCGCGGCAGGGAAUGCGAGAGAUGAGCGACAAGGGCGACAUGGAUGACCAGGUGGAGGGCGGAUUGGAUGAAGGCGAAGAUAAUCGCGACGAAGAUAUUUGCGCCGACAACACCGACAACACCAAGGACAACAACAACACCAACAACAAUAUCAAUAACAUCGGCAUCAACGACACCAACAACAACAACAACAACAACAACAACAACAACAACAACACCAACAACAACAACAAAAACAACAACAACAACAACAACAACAACAACAACAACAACGACAACAACAACAAGAACAACAACGGCGAUGGAAGCAGUGUUGACCACGACAACAACGGGGCAAACAACAACAACAACAACAACAACAACAACAACAACAAUGGCUGCGACGACCACGGCAGCGGCGGGGGGGAGAGCGAUGUCCGCGCAUUUGAGUUUAUCAUCAGCAGGAUGGGUGAGAUGCCGCGAGCGGAUGUGAGCAGCAGGGUUGAGGGUGGCACAUCUCAGACCAUCAUCAGCAUGAUGAGAGAGAUGCCACAAACGGGCGUGGUGGGGAUUGGGGAUGACAACAUCAACAACAACGAUGAAGGCAGCAGUACUGAUGACGGCGGUAGCGAUUACCAUGGCAGCAGCGGGGUAGAGAGCAUCAGCCGGAAGGGAGAGAGGAUGCAUGCUGACGUGGUGGGGAUUGGGGUUGACACGGAUAAGAAGCUUACCAUCUUCCCCCUCUCCCCCCCCUUCAACCGCGUUGUCUGUCUGAGGAUAGGAGUAGGAUACGAAGAUAAUACUAGAGGAGGGGUACCGGAGGGCACAGGCGCCAUGGCGAUCCCGACGGAGACGCGGAAAAAGAACAGGAUCCAGGUGUCGAGCACGAAGAAACCUCUCUUCUUCUACGUGAACCUUGCGAAGCGGUUUAUGCAGCAGCACGAAGAAGUUGAACUGUCGGCAUUGGGCAUGGCCAUCGCGACGGUCGUGACGGUGGCCGAGAUCUUGAAGAAUAACGGUCUGGCAGUGGAGAGGAGGAUAACCACAUCAACGGUGGAGAUGCGAGAUGACGCCAGAGGCCGUCCGAUGCAGAAAGCAAAGGUGGAGAUUGUGUUGACGAAGUCUGCCAAGUUCGAAGAGCUCAUAGCGGGAUAUGCGGGUGAUGAAAACGAGACGGGGGGAGGGCGAGGAGGAGGAGGCGUAAGAUAAUAUGCCCCGUAACGGCGGAGGAAAGGGGUUGCGGCGUAACGGAAAACACGGGAAGAGAAGGGGGUUGCGUAACGGAAUAGCCGUAAGUAAAACGGAUUAACGGGGACGGAAUGUUGGAGUUGGGUAACGCAAUAGCCGGCACGCGGAAGAGAGAGAGAGAGAGAGAGAGAGAGAGAGAGAGAGAGAGAGAGCUGAUUAUCUUGUGAGAGAGAAUGCAGACACAGAGAGAGAGAGAGAGAGAGAGAGAGAGAGAGAGAGAGAGAGAGAGAGAGAGAGAAUGUGCACAGAGAGAGAGAGAACUAAUUAUCUUGUGCGCGGAGAACGGAGGAACAUCCUGCACAGAAUAUGGCAUGUUGAAGGGGGGAAAAAAAUGAAAAAAAGAGAAAUGGCAGUCUCGAGSMGUUAKKKGAWRGAWUGACGUAUGUCGCGUAAUGUUMUGAAAUACUACAGGCCAAUCGACUGUUCAAAAAAAAAAAAAAAAAAAAAAAAMARWUUGACCGUGAGGUAAAGGACUGRRGGGUGGGUGGGGGGGGGGUUGCGUAACGGAAUAGCCGGAAUUUGGAACGGGUACGGAAUAGCCUAACGCAAUCGCCGAGAGCAGCGACGGGUAGGAAUCGCAAUGGCCGCUGCCAGCCGAAACGGAAUAGCCUAACGGAGUAGUGUAACGGAAUAGCCAGGUCCCAAACGGAAUAGCCGGGUCCUGAAACGGGUACCUAACGGAGUCGUGUAACGGAAUAGCCGACAGCUGAAACGGGUAUGGCACUGAGAUAACGUAACGGAAUAGCCGGAUCCGAAACGGGUACAUACCAGAAUAGCCUAAGGGAAUACCAGAUUAGCCGGAAUAGCCUAACGGAAUAGCGUAACGGAAUAGUUUUGCUGACAACAUCGACUUUUGACUUGGCUUGACUUGUAUUCGCCGGGGCCCCAAACGGGAACAUGGUCCUACAUGGUUCUUUGGGACAUCCGUUAAAAUUGGAACGAUACAGAGAAAGAGGAGAUUAGCAUGCAUGGGCCCUGCGCAAGGAGGACACGCAUAAAUUGAGAAAUGGAUUACCAAAAAAGAAAAAGGCAAAAAAAAAAGGGCUGCAUCCCCCUCCCCUGCUCCUGCGUAACGGGAAGGUAACGAAACGUAACGGAAAAGGCCUGCGUAAUGGUGAUCAGGGCUCCAAUCAAUGAAGCAGAGGAGCCGUC